ACGUGUACAAUGGACCUAAAUGUAAACAUGUAUAACUAAUUUUUAACCGUAAUUACCACAAUUUUUAUACGUAAAAAUGAAAAUGUAUAAGCAAAUCUAUAAAACUUUAAAGCCAUAAAAAUUAUUACUGUUAUAAACAUUGAAAAUAUGCCUUUCAAUACUUUUGUUUUUUAUAACCGAAGUGAACAUAGCCGGAAGCGUAGACAAGCGCUGUAGAAAUUUCAAGUCCGUUUAAUGGCGGACGCUAGUAAUUUUGGAAGUUUCGUGAUUCUAUUGUUCUGUUUUUGAGAAUACCUCUAGAUUUUUACUACCGGGAAUGUGUUUUUGUAUCGGUGAUUAAAGCCAAAGUGUUAUAAACGUGAAAGUGAUAUGAAAUGUUCUGUUAUAGCGUGACAAAAGCGUUUGCUAGAUAUGUAACCUUUUCCCUAACCUCGUUUACGCCUAUGGAGUAGAUAUGUGAUCGAUGUGUGUGCGUCGGUGAACGAUUUUUCGUCCGUUUCGCGUUACAAUUUGUGCGUGGUGAUUCGUCUUUUUAGUGAUGGAAGUGUGUGCGUCGCGAUUUUGCAAUCCGACGCCCGAUUUCGAUGUAACGUAAGCGAGCCGGUCGAUCGCUAAAGCAGAGACGGUCGCUACCAGCCGAACAUGGCUGCGACGCAGGCUGAGUCUCAGCGUAGCGAAGCGAAUGUAGAGCAGAAUCCAUCAGAGCAGCUCAGUGAAUCUCGGAACGCGUUAUUACAAAACGGGACCGACAAGUCCAUUGGGCGCGUUCCGCCCGAUGGCGUCGUGAACACAAAGAGCAAAUCGCCGAUGUCGGCCGAACCGGGACAGCCGCGCGACGGAGGUGAUGCGCCCGGUCACGACCGGCCCGGAGAAAGGCCAGUGACGGACCAAUACGGCCAAUAUCGUUAUCCGGAAGGCGCUGAUCCUUAUUACGCGCCUCGUCCAGGUUUUCCCGGCAAACCGCGGCCGCCGCCGCAACAGCCGCGCUUUUUCCCAGGUCAGGCAGUGUCGCAGGCCCCGGGGCCAACGCCGACCCUGAAUUCGUUACUGCAAUCUAGCGGGGCACCGCCGCAUCGGUACCCCAACAGCUAUGAGCAACCGCCAGGAGGCUACGCCCCUGCACCUGGCUGGCCUCCACGGCCAAUGCCACCAUAUAAUCCUCAAGGAAGCCCUUAUAGAAAUUCUACGCCUCCACGGGGCUACCCAGGCGGGCCUCCGUACGGGGCUGGGGCCCCAGGUGGACCGCAGCAGCCCCCAGGGGCGUACGGGCCCCCGGGCACGUACCAAAGGUACCCUCCGCCGCCGGGGCCCCCGGGCGCACCCAACUCACGUCCGCCAUACUCGCCACAUCAGGGCUACGAACGAGGCGGCUCCCCUCAACCGCCAACGCAGCCCCCGCGCGCGCCCAGUCCUGGUUCGGGGCAGAGCGCCCCGGGAGCCCUAUCCCCGACACAGGACGCCCAGCACGCGCCGCACUUGCCGCACGGGGCGCCGCCGCCACAGCAUCAGGGUUACCCACCACCUCCAAGGCCUCCUCAGCCGUCCACACCAAACGCACAUGAUCCUGACUCUGAUCUGACCGGUCAGAACAGCAAUGACUCGGGCGGGAGCGGCGGCGCGGGUCGCGCUACCACACCGCACCUGAGACCGACGCCCAGCCCUACAGGCUCCAGCGGAUCGCGAUCCAUGUCACCAGCUGUUGGUACGCAAAACGUAGUGAUGCCGCCGCGAACGUCGUCGUCGCUGUCGGAAGGCAGCGGGGGCGCGCCGCGGGGCCCAGGAGCGGCCCCGGGCCCCCAGGGCCCGGGCGGGCCCGUGCCUCCGCCGGGCGCUGCGAUGGUCCCGCAGCCGUACCACCACGGGGCGUACAAGCCUCCGCACUACCCGCCGCAGCCUUACGGCUAUCCUCCGCGAAAUCACCACCCUUACCAGUACAGCCAGUACAGGCCUCCGCCGCCACAUCCGCCUCAACAUUAUCCGCCCAUGAAGCAGCAAAGUCGGCACAUGGGACCUCCGGGGUCUGGUGAGGGCGCGAUGCCGCCGCCCACAGCGCCCGGCGACGCUCAUGACAACGGGCCUGCAGCCCCUGCUACGGCCCUGGUCACUACGGGCCCUGACGGGGCCCCGCUUGAUGAGGGCAGUCAACAAAGUACGCUUAGUAAUGCAUCCGCAGCGUCAGGCGAGGAGGCCUGCAGCACGAAAGGCCGUAAGGAGUUCCCGGGCAGCGCGGCGCCGUCGCCGUCGCCGGGCGCGGCCUCGCAUUCGUCCGCGCACGACGACUACGACGCACCCGCCUGGUCGCGUCCGCCGCCCAGCCCGGUUUUUAACAGUCACAUACCGCCGGAGUCCUACAGAUCAAAGAAGUCGGACUCGCUGGGCAAGCUGUACGAGAUGGACGACGCCCCGGAGCGGCGCGGCUGGGUGGAGAGGCUGCUGGCCUUCAUGGAGGAGCGGCGGACGCCCAUCGCCUCCUGUCCCACCAUCUCCAAGCAGCCGCUCGACCUCUACCGGCUCUAUCUGCUGGUGCGCGACAGGGGGGGCUUCGUGGAGGUGACAAAAAACAAGACGUGGAAAGACAUCGCCGGCUUACUGGGUAUCGGGGCGUCGUCAUCGGCCGCAUACACGCUAAGGAAGCACUACACGAAGAACCUACUGGCGUACGAGUGCCACUUCGACCGCGGCGGCAUCGACCCGCAGCCAAUCAUAAACCAGGUCGAAGCCUCCACUAAGAAGAAGAGCGGCAAGAACAAUAGUAAUUCCAGUGCAGGGUCGUCGAACUCGUCGGAGUCGUUCGGCGCGGGGGCGGCGGGCGCGGGCGGCGCGCCCAUGGACGGCUACGCGCCGCAGUACGCCGGCUACCCGCCGCAGCCCAACCAGCAGACAGGCGGCGGGCCGGGCGACAACCUCGCCGCCUCCAACCCCUUCGACGAGCCGCCCGGGCCCCGGAGACCCCCAGGUUACCAACAAGGAUACGGGUAUGAAUACGGGCCUCCUUAUCAAGCGAAUAGGCCCGUUUAUCCUUAUGGACCCGAAGGGGAUAGGGGCUACCGACCGGGCGGCGAGUACCAGUACGGCGGCUACGGCGGGCAGUACCGCGCGGGCGGGCCGGGCGCGCCCGCGCCGCCGCCCGCCACGCCGCCGCCCGCGCAGCCCUAUCCUGACUACUACCGCGCGCCACAUCCGCAGCAUCCGCAGCACCCGCAUCCGCAGCAUCCGCCACACCCGCCUCAUCCACCACAUCCGCCCCAUCCGCCGCUGUCGCCGCACCAGCCGCAUCAGCCGCCUAUCGAGAUCCCGUCGUCGCAGCCGCCUAACCUAAUGAGCUCGCAGCUAGCGCGCCAACUCGUGGCGCCGCUGCAUCCGAACCCGAGACCCUACUACGGCGGGGGUAAGCCGCUGGGCGCUGGGCCGGCGGGCCCGGCAGGCCCGGGGGUCCCGGCGGGCGCGGGCGCGCCGCGGAGACACCCGGACUUCGCGAAGGCGGAGGGCGGCUACGGGCCGGGCGCGGCGGCGGGCGGCGCGGCGGCGGGCCGGUUCGCGGCGGGCUGGGGCGCAGGCCUGCCCCGCGCGCCGCAGCCCUCCUCGCCGCAGUCGCCCGCCGUCUGGAGGCCGCCCACCAUGCCCUCGCAUCCGCCGGCGGGCUGGCCGCCUUAUCAACAGGGCACGGGUCCGGCGCUGGGCCCCAGCGCGCUGAAGCGCGAGCUGACGUUCCCGGUGGAGUGCGUGGAGGCGGCCGUGCCGGCGCCGGACAAGCGGCGGCGGCUCACGCGCGCCGACGUGUGUCCGGUGGACGCCUGGCGCAUCGUCAUGGCGCUCAAGUCGGGGCUGCUGGCGGAGACCUGCUGGGCGCUAGACAUCCUCAACAUACUGCUCUUCGACGACAACUGUAUAGGAUACUUCGGGCUGCAACACAUGCCGGGGCUGCUGGAGCUGCUGCUGGAGCACUUCCACAAGAGCCUGAGCGACGUGUUCGACGCGCCCGCGGCCGACCACGAGCCCUGGUACGCGCCCCGCGCGGAGCCCGAGCCCGUCGUAGAAACUAGGAAAAAACCUGAGCCUCCAGACCCCAGCGAUCGAGUGAAAAUCCUUAGCGGCGAGAACUACACGCUAGAGAGCCGGCGCCGGCAGCCGGUGACGAUGCGGCCGGACUCGCCGCUGUUCGCGGCCGACCCCGCCGACCGCGAGCUCGCGUGCGUGCAGGACGUGCUGGAGCCCUGGCAGCACGGCCCGCACGCCGCCGCCGACCACAUCAUGCCCUGCUUUCAGGGGGAAUUUGUGCAUUUACCUUUCGUGCGGGUGUUAAAGGGGACCCGAGCGCCGUCCCCUCCCCCCGCGGCCGCCGCCGACUCCCCGCGGCUCAAGUCCGAGCCCGAGGAGCCGCGGCCGCGCGACCACGACGCCGACAACCUCGAGGCCGAGCCCAUGGACCUCGAGCCCGAGCGGCGCCCCACUCUACUCAUCAAAGACCCCGCCGGGGUGCUGAAGCGGCGGCGGCUGGAAGACUACGAGGACGAGUGCUACACGAGAGACGAACCCAGUCUCAAUCUAGUGAACGAAUCGCGGGACGCUCUCGCGAAACGUUGCAUAGCGUUGUCCAACAUCCUGCGGGGCCUGACGUUCGUGCCGGGGAACGAGGCCGAGUUCUCGCGGUCCGGGGCCUUCUUGGCGAUCGCGGGCAAGCUGCUGCUGCUGCACCACGAGCACGCGCCACGCGCAGCGCGCGCGCGCGCCUACGAGCGCGCGGCGCGCGACGACGGCGACGGCGACUGCUGCUGCUCCAGUCUGCGCGGCGGCGGCGAGUGGUGGUGGGACGCGCUGGCGCAGCUGCGCGAGGAUGCGCUCGUCUGCUGCGCCAACAUCGCGGGCGGGCUGGAGCUGAGCGCGCAGCCCGAGGCCGUGGCGCGGCCGCUGCUGGACGGGCUGCUGCACUGGAGCGUGUGUCCGGCGGCCGUGGCGGGCGACGCGCCGUCCGCCGCCGCCGCGUCCUCGCCGCUGUCGCCGCGUCGGCUGGCGCUCGAGGCGCUGUGCAAGCUGUGCGUGACGGACGCCAACGUGGACCUGGUGCUGGCCACGCCGCCGCGCGGGCGGCUGGCGGCGCUGUGCGCGGGGCUGGCGCGGGACCUGUGUCGCCCCGAGCGGCCCGUGGUGCGCGAGUUCGCCGUCAACCUGCUGCACUACCUGGCGGGCGCGGGCGGCGCGGCCGCGCGCGAGGUGGCGGCGCACGCGCCCGCCGUGGCGCAGCUGGUGGCCUUCAUCGAACGCGCGGAGCACACGGCGCUGGGCGUGGCCAACCAGCACGGCGUGGCGGCGCUGCGCGACAACCCGGACGCCAUGGGCACGUCGCUGGACAUGCUGCGGCGCGCGGCCGCCACGCUGCUGCGGCUGGCGGAGCUGCCGGAGAACCGGCCGCUGAUCCGGCGCCACGAGCGGCGGCUGCUGUCGCUGGUCAUGUCGCAGAUCCUGGACCAGAAGGUGGCGCACGAGCUGGCGGCGGUGCUGUUCGCGUGUUCGCAGCGCGCGGACUCCGCGCCCGACGAAUAGACUGAGAGACUGAGGACGCUACCCGAGGGUACGUGUGUACAUAUAGUGUAACGCGGCGGACGUUAGGCUCCGUUCUGUUAUUUAUGUCCACGAUCGAUUUAUUUCCGAGGAUGUCGAUGUGCUAUAAUCGAUUUCUAUUGUUCGAUUGAAGAAAGAUGUAUUAUAACUCGUAAUUUUGAUUUUUAUAAUAAAAUGGGACAUGAAUCUG